AGGACCCCAGCUGGAAGGAGAUACUGCCCAGGAAGGGCGAGAACAGUUUUGCACAGUUUUUUGAGUAAAACAUCUCACCUGAAUCAAAUCUGUCAGCUCCUCACCGUGGAUUUUCCAGGGACUCUAUGAACACAGAGUGAAAGAUCAGUGAAAGAAAUCAGACUCUACAAGGUCAAAGAUGAGCUCAGAUCCAGAAGUCCUCCUGGGAAUUCUGGAUCAGUUGUUAGAAGAUGACUUUAAAAGGUUCAAGUUCCAUUUGAGCAAUAUCGGGGUCUUUGAAGGAUGCAGAGCAAUCCCAGCAGGACAACUGGAGACACUGGACAAGCCGGACACAGCGAGACGGAUCCACCAGACCUACAGCAAUCAUGCUCCUGAACUCAUGAAACUAGUUUUAGAGAAAAUAGGAAAGAAGCAUAUAUGGGAUGAACACACCAAAAAGGCCCCACAACCUGAAGAAAAAACAAAUAAAGAAGAAAACGAUACUGAAGAAGCUCAUUUGUCAGCAAAAUCUCAGGAGUGUCAGAAAGAACUGAAGUCCAACCUGAAGAGGAGGUUCCAGUGUGUGUUUGAGGGAGUGGCGAUACAAGGAAAGCCGACCCUCCUGAACCAGAUCUACACAGAGCUCCACAUCACAGAGGGAGGGGCUGCAGAGGUCAAUCAGGAACAUGAGGUCAGACAGAUUGAAGCAGCAUCCAGGACAGCAGACAGAGCAGAAACAAGCAUCAGACCAGGAGACAUCUUUAAAGCCUCACCUGGAAGAUCUCAACCAAUCAGAACAGUGCUGACAAAGGGAGUGGCUGGCAUUGGGAAAACAGUCCUGACACAGAAGUUCACUCUGGACUGGGCUGAAGACAAAGACAACCAGGACGUCCACUUCAUAUUUCCAUUCACCUUCAGAGAGCUGAAUGUAGUGAAGGAGGAGAAGUUCAGCUUGGUGGGACUUGUUCAUCACUUCUUCAAUGAAACAGAAGAAACAGGAAUCUGCCGAUUUAAGAAAUUCCAGGUGAUCUUCAUCUUUGAUGGUCUGGAUGAGUGUCGACUCCCUCUGGACUUCCACAACACUAAGUUCAUGACUGACAUUAGAAAGUCCACCGCAGUGGAUGUUCUGCUGACAAGCCUCAUCAGGGGGAAACUGCUUCCCUCUGCUCGCCUCUGGAUCACCACACGACCUGCAGCAGCCAAUCAGAUCCCUGCUGACUGUGUGGACAGGGUGACAGAGGUCCGAGGGUUCACUGAACCCCAGAAGGAGGAGUACUUCAGGAGGAGGUUCAGAGAGGAGGAGCAGGCCAGCAGGAUCAUCUCCCACAUCAAGACCUCCCGAAGCCUCCACAUCAUGUGCCACAUCCCGGUCUUCUGCUGGAUCACUGCUGAAGUUCUGGAGGAGGAGCUGAAGAGCAGAGAGGGAGGAGAGCUGCCCAAGAACCUGACUGAGGUGUACACCCGCCACCUGGUGGCCCAGGUCGAAAGGAACAAGGUCAAGCAUGAUGGAGGAGCUGCCACAGAUCCACACUGGAGUCCAGAGAGCAGGGAGAUGAUAGAGUCUCUGGGAAAAGUGGCUUUUGAUCAGCUGCAGAAAGGAAACCUGAUCUUCUGUGAACCUGACCUGAAAAAGUCUGGCAUUGACCACGAGGUAGCCUUAAAGUACUCAGGAAUGUUCACAAAGAUCUUUAGAGAGGAGAAAGGCCUCCGGGACACAGUGUUCUGCUUCAUCCAUCUGAGCCUUCAGGAGUUUCUGGCUGCUCUUCAUGUCCAUCAGAACUUCAUCAACUAUGGAAUCAACCAGAUGAAAAAGAUAGUGGUCAGGUUGCCAAAAGUGUUUAAGAAACCUAAACUCCACCAUCUCCAUCAGAGAGCAGUGGACGAGGCCUUGAAGAGUCCAAAUGGACACCUGGACUUGUUCCUCCGCUUCCUCCUGGGUCUUUCACUGGAGACCAAUCAGAAUCUCCUUCAAGAUCUGCUGACACAGACAGGAAGUAGCUCACAGUCCAAUCGGAAAACAGUCCAGUACAUCAAGAAGAAGCUGAGUGAGAGUCUGUCUGCAGAGAGAAGCAUCAAUCUGUUCCACUGUCUGAAUGAACUGAAUGAUGGUUCUCUGGUGGAGGAGAUCCAACAGUCCCUGAGAUCAGGAAGUCUCUCCACAGAUAGACUGUCUCCUGCUGAGUGGUCAGCUCUGGUCUUCAUCUUACUGUCAUCAGAAGAAGAUCUGAAGGAGUUUGACCUGAAGAAAUACUCUGCUUCAGAGGAGACUCUUCUGAAGCUGCUGCCAGUGGUCAAAGCCUCCAACAAAGCUCUGUACGUACUUCAGGAACAAAUAUGGACCAUAGGAUGGGCUCAGUAUUAUUGUUUUGUUAGCGCAUUAAUAAUAUUCUGCCAAAAAAUGAGAUUUUCAUCUGUGAAAGAAAAGACGUUCCUUUGCAAACAUCCUGUUUACAUAUAGCAAAGUACAAAACUGCUUUCAAGACUCUGAAUUAGUAGU